AUGGCGUUGAAAUUUCUGAACAAGAAGGGAUGGCACACAGGGAGCCUUCGGAACAUAGAGAACGUGUGGAAGGCAGAGCAAAAGCACGAGGCCGAGCAGAAGAAGUUGGACGAGCUCCGCAAACAGAUCGUUGAAGAGCGCGAGCGCUCUGAGUUCCGCCUUCUCCAGGAGCAAGCCGGCCUCGUCCCGAGGCAAGAGCGGUUGGAGUUCUUGUAUGAUUCGGGAUUGGCCGUUGGGCGCCCUGGUGGUUCCGAUAGUUUCAAAACCCUUGAAGCCUUACCCAAGACCGAAGAAGGGCCUUCCUCCUCUGCCGCCUCCAAGCAGCAGGCAUCAGCAUCUGUGCAGGGAGCUCUGUUUGAAGAAAAGCCUCAAUCCGCCAAUGAUGCUUGGAGGAAGCUCCACUCGGAUCCUUUGCUUAUGAUUUGGCAGCGUGAGCAGGAAGCCCUUUCUCGUAUUAAGAACAAUCCUGUCCAGAUGGCCAUGAUUCGCAAAUCUGUUGAGGAGAAGAAGCCUGCAGAGAAACUGCAUGACAAGAAGGAACAUCAGAAGAAGAAGCACCAUACUGGUGCUUCAAAGCAUAGCAAACAUUCAUCAUCCAUACAAGCAUCAGAUUCAGAUAAUGACACUGCUGAAGAGUGGUCUUCGUAAGAUAUCAAAGUAUGUUAAGCAUUCAGAUUCAGAAGAUGAAUCACGUAAAAGAGCACAUCGACAUGAGAAUACUUUCAAGCAUUCAGAUUCAGAAGAUGAAUGAAUCACGUAAAAGAGCACAUCGACAUGAGAAUACUUUCAAGCAUUCAGAUUCAGAAGAUGAAUCACGUAAAAGAGCACAUCGACGUGAGAAUACUUUCAAGCAUUCAGAUUCAGAAGAUGAAUCACGUAUCAGAGCACAUCGAAGUGGGAAGAACCCUGUUAAGCAUUCAGAUUCCGAAGAUAAAUUCCGUUACAGAUCACGGAGAAGUGAGAAGAACCAUGUUAAACAUUUAGAUUUAGAAAAUGAAUCACAUAACAGAGCACAUCAAUUUGAUGAAAUUUCUCAAAUAUCCACCCCGAAGUAAGGAAACUAGUAAGAGAUAAGGAGGUGUACACUGACCUGAACCUUGCACAGAAAACUUAAAGAACUUCCCUUUGAAUGUUGAUCAGUUUCAUUGGAGAACUUAACAAUGGCCAA